GCGCAUGUUGACCUGAACCACCACUGCCGCGCGCGUCGACGACUUCAGCGAAAUUCCUCGUCAUCAUAGUCCACUGGGGGGCUACCGAAUCUACUACAUCGCCCAAGUUUGAGCGCGCCCCACGCGUCCCGCCCCCGACAAAGUCGAACUUGAACGGACGAAAGCGCCAGGCUUAUUCCCACAUUUCUUCAGCCAAGUUCAUACCUUUCUGGCUCGAACGGAGCCUCCUCAAUCUAAAAUCAAACACUACGCUCGUCAAAUACCACCGCAAUGCCGCCCAGAAACUCAGGAGGGAAGAUUAAGCCCGGAUCGGCGCCGGUGCAGGCUACUGCUGCGAAGCCGCAGGAUGGAAAGCAGAUGACACGGAGCUCGCGUGCAGGCCUGCAGUUCCCCGUCGGCCGUGUCCACCGCUACCUCAAGCAAUCCUCCCAACACAAAGUGCGCGUCGGCGCCAAGUCCGCGGUAUACACUGCCGCCGUCCUGGAGUACCUCGUCGCGGAGGUCUUGGAACUUGCGGGCAACGCCGCCAAGGAUCUUCGCGUCAAACGCAUCACCCCGCGCCACCUCUACCUCGCCAUCCGCGGCGACGAGGAGCUCGAUAUGCUCGUCAGCGCAACGAUUGCCGGCGGAGGCGUCCUGCCGCACAUCCACAAGGAGCUUGUGAAGAAGAAGGAGACGCAGGAGACCGCGGCGGCGUCGUAGACGCAACGCGCGCUGUGUGCCGUGCUAGACGACCCGCGUCAUGCAUCUCGCUAGCGUCGCUUCGCACUUUCUUGUCACGGGGAGAAUGGCGACCUUUCUUGUGUCGCGUGCGCGCCUGACAUCUGUUGAACUCUGCUGUACUCCCAUACGCAUGCGCGCCCCUAUCCCUUUCUUGGCUACAUGGCUCUGCGACACCAUGUUUCUUGCUUGCAGCCUACUACAAGCUCGUCGAAGCUCUGCCAUCUACUUCUAGGUCUAUGUGCUUUUGUACCCUCCGCUGGUAUGGCUCGCUAUGUCUCUAUAUGUACUAUAGCUCUAUCUACUGAUCUAAAUGCUUAUGUGCUGCCUAUAGGUGUCUUUGAA